CAAUUCCUUGGCGCUUAGACCCUGCAUUGUUUCCUAGCGAGAGAUAGAGAGAGAGAGAGGGGAGAGUUCAUCUUAAUGGCGGAGAAAUUGGCACCCGAGAAGCGUCACAGCUUUGUUCACCGCGGGCAGAAGGUGUUUGAAUGGGAUCAGACGCUUGAGGAGGUUAACAUUUACAUAUCACUUCCACAAGGUGUUCCAACCAAGCUCUUUUUCUGCAAUGUUCAGCCAAAACAUCUUGAAGUUGGGAUCAAAGGAAACCCUCCCUAUCUUAAUCAUGACGUUGCCUCUCCUGUGAAGGUCGACUCAUCAUUCUGGACUUUAGAGGAUGGAACCAUGCACAUAACCUUGCAAAAGAGAGAUAAAGGACAGACAUGGCCUUCUCCUAUACUUGGCCAGGGUGAACUUGAUCCUUAUUCUGUAGAUGAGGAGCAGAAACGCCUUAUGCUACAAAGGUUCCAAGAAGAGAACCCAGGUUUCGAUUUUUCACAGGCGCAGUUUACAGGAACUUGCCCUGAUCCACGGACAUUCAUGGGUGGGAUACGGUCGGGAUGACGAUGAUCUGCUUCUAUCCAACUUUACCGGUACGGAUCUUUGUGAUUGGAGCAAAAUAAUGAGUUUGGUGUCUAUAUUAUGACUUUGGUGUACAAUAUUACCUUAAUGUAGUUGAGGAGGAGAAUUCUCGAUCUUGUAUUCCCCCUCCUUUAUCGUUUUCUCUUAUUUUUUGUUUUUUGGCCUAGAUUUUUAACUGGUGGUUAAUUGAUUGGGAUCGUAUGCAGUAGGCCAUUUACCUUUUGUACAAGAAGGUUCCAAUCACCCAUGACCGUUAGAUGUGAAAUUUGACUCUUGGGACGUGUCAAAGUUCAAAAAUUUUAUUUUGAACUAUGAGUCUAGUCAAUAGGAUUGUCCUAGUUUAUUGAUUUCACAUCCAACAAUUACGAUUGAUUGUCCGUGUCUUGUACUAAAAAUAAAUGGUCGUAUAUUAUAGUUUUCUUAGUAUAUAUAUUGAUUGACUUGGUCCA